UUUUCCCUCUCUCUGUCUCGGCCUCUGUGUGUCUCUCGGUGAAUCUGUGUGUGGGGUCAACCUUGGGGGCCGCGAGCUCUGCUCCCGCGCCAAGAUGUUCCUGUACUGGGCGUUGCCGACCGUGCUGUAUCUGCUGUACCGCUGGAGUGUGGCCACAUACGAUUACUUCGAGAAGCGCCAGAUACCGUACGUGAAACCGGUGCCCUUCUUCGGGCAGGUGCUAUCGUUCUUCACGCAAGCAAAGCAUGCGGUCGACGUCGCGUCCGAGGGCUACGAGAUGUUCCCGGACACGCGCAUCUCGGGCGUUUUCACGCUGCGCACUCCGGCCUAUCUGGUGCACGAUCCGGUGCUGUACAAACAGAUAGCGGGCCGCGACUUUGAUCACUUUUCCGAGCACGUAUCGGAUCUGUCCGUCGAAACGGAUCCCCUGUUGGCGCGCUCACUGUUCUUCGCGAAGGAGGCCCGCUGGCGGCAUCACCGGGCGGGGCUGAGGCCCGCGUUUACGGGCGCCAAAACCCGUGACAUGUUCGGGCUGCUGGUCAAGAGUGCGGGCGAUGCGAUGGACCGGCUAGUGAGCUACUCGGCGGGCGAACCGUUUACGAUGGAGCUGCGGGAUCUGUACUCGCGCCUCGCGAACGACGCAAUGUCCUCGAUCUCGUUCGGGGUCGAGGUGGAUUCGCUCACCGACCGUGACAACGAGUUUUUCGUGAAGGGCAAACGGUUGGCCAAGCUGGAUGGGUUGUCGGGGCUGAAGCUGCUGAUGACCGCGAUCCUGCCCGGGUUGUACCGCUUCCUGAAGCUGGGCGUCCUGUACGAGGACGUGAACGAGUUCUACCUGGAAGCGGUCGCCACCAACAUCCGCUACCGGGAGCAGCAUCUAAUUCGGCGGCCCGACUUCAUUCACCUGCUGCUGCAGGCCCGCAAGAACGAGCUGCGGGCCGAGCAGACGGAAGAUGAGGCCCUCGAGAGUGUCGGCUUCUCGACGGCCACGACGCCGCCCCCGUUGGUAGAGCCCGACGAUCGGCAGCUAGAGUGGGAAGACAUCGACAUUACGGCGGCGGCCGCUUCGUUCUUCUUCGGCGGGAUCGAAACUACGACCACUCUGCUGUGCUUCGCGUGCUACGAGUUGGCCGUAAACCCGGCGAUCCAGCAGCGGCUCUACGCGGAGAUCGUCUCCGUGCGCGAUGAGUUGCCCGACGGCGUUACGCCAACGUAUGAGGUCCUGCGGAAAAUGAAGUAUCUGGAUAUGGUGGUAUCGGAGGCAUUGCGGCGCUGGCCCCCGUUUGGGCUUACGAACCGGCGGUGUACCAAGGACUACAGCUUCACCAAUAGCGACGGAACCCGGAUCACCAUCGAGAAGGGGAUGAACAUUUCGAUCCCCAUCAAAUCGUUUCACCUCGAUCCGAGAUUCUUCCCCGACCCGCUGCGUUUCGAUCCGGAGCGGUUCGCGGACCCGUGCCGCAUCAACCAGGACGCUUACGUUCCAUUCGGGAAAGGCUACCGAAACUGCAUCGGCUCGCGGCUGGCGCUGAUGCAAGCCAAGUGCUUCAUGUUCUACAUGCUGUCCCACUUCAGCAUCGAGCCCGGCCUCAAGCUGACCAUCCCGCUCGUGCUCGACGAAACGUCGGCCGGACUGAACGCAAAGCACGGCUUCUGGAUGAGCCUGAUACCGCGCCACAUUUGAGAGGGCGCGCCUUCAGCGCAAGGUGAUAAGAUAGCCGGCCGAGGGCCCCCCUUAUCUAGGGCUCCCGCCGAAAACGCCACGAAUGUAACCGCCUGGCCCCACCUGCUCGGCCCGGCGGUCCGGUGGACCGGUGCUUGGUUUCAGAGUAUGCGUGUGUUCCGGAGUCGGCCCGCCAGAUCCGAACGUUCCUUAGCCGCGUGCAGCGCGGUAACGAUUGCUAGAAAUACGGCCCAAUAAACGAUAACGAAUAAAGAGAUUAGCGCUCGAAAGAAUCGUGUGAAACGGAGAAUUUCCCAAUAGUGGCCAGCUCCCGGGCUCCGGGGGUUUCAGCGGCUGGCGCUUGGACGUGGACGGAGCAGAAGAGGUGUGCUCCGGCAGGGAACGCUAAUAUUCGAGUGCAUUUAUGUGGUUAACAUCAACCGACGGGCUGGCGAAAGGAGUGACAACAAACAAUUGAAUAAUCUGCCGGUCCAAUUCUCGAUCAGAAGAAUGAACAACCAACGACAGCGCGGAUUGGAGGUCCUGCGAGCAUCCGGAACGUGUGAAGCGCGGUAUGGAGUAUGCAAAUUUGAUUAUGAAACAAAGUUGCAAACGAGGGAGAACCGUGUCUGAGGAUGUGAGGACCGAAUUCUAUAGGCAAUGGACCCAUACAUCCGUGGGCACAAUUUAUUAUCGUAGCCCAAACGCAAUCGUGGCCUACCUUGGGGAGUCGGGCUCGAAACGCAUGAUGAUGAAUCAACAGCUUUCGGUUUGAGCAGAACAUUGUCCGUCGAUCCAUCAUUACCUCUGCCAGCUGCACACUAAUCCUUGACGC